GCGUCUCCGAGACACCCGCCCCCCCGGCAGAAACACGCCCCUUGUAAACCACCACGCGGAUAGUUCCGCUUCCGGCAGCACCACAAAAGUCGUGAGAGGAAGCUUAAAUCUUGACGGUAGCCUUUUGGACCACUUCGGUUCAUGAUGGUUCGUAGUGGAAAAAAUGGUGACCUUCAUCUUAAACAGAUUGCAUAUUAUAAACGAACUGGUGAAUAUCAUCCAACUACACUGCCUAGUGAGAGAAGUGGCAUAAGAAGAGCAGCAAAAAAAUUUGUCUUCAAAGAAAAGAAGCUGUUUUAUGUCGGAAAAGACAGAAAACAGGAUCGCUUGGUAGUUGUUUCAGAAGAAGAAAAAAAGAAAGUCCUAAGAGAAUGCCAUGAAAAUGACACUGGAGCCCAUCAUGGCAUAUCCAGAACCCUUACUCUAGUGGAAUCCAGUUACUAUUGGACUUCUGUGACCAAUGAUGUCAAACAGUGGGUAUAUGCUUGUCAGCAUUGCCAAGUGGCAAAAAAUACAGUUAUUCUAGCACCUAAACAGCACCUUCUCAAAGUGGAGAAUCCAUGGAGUAUAGUUACUGUUGAUCUGAUGGGCCCAUUUCAUACAAGCAACAGAAGUCAUGUAUAUGCUAUAAUCAUGACAGAUUUGUUCACAAAAUGGGUUGUGAUUUUGCCUCUUUGUGAUGUUUCAGCAUCAGAAAUUUCUAAAGCUAUUAUCAACAUAUUUUUCUUAUAUGGGCCUCCUCAGAAAAUAAUAAUGGACCAAAGAGAUGAAUUCAUUCAUCAGAUCAAUGUAGAGCUAUGUGAAUUGUUUGGCACAAAGCAAAUUGUUAUUUCUCAUGCCUCCCAAACAAUUAAUCCAGCUGAAAGUACGCCUAGCACUAUCAAAACCUUUCUUUCCAAGCACUGUGCGGACUAUCCAAACGACUGGGAUGACCACCUGCAAGCUGUUUCAUUCGCCUUCAAUGUCACUCACUUGGAACCUACUAAAAAUACACCAUAUUUUCAAAUGUUUAGUCGAAAUCCUUACAUGCCUGAAUCUUCAGAUAUUUGUGAAGUGGAUGGUGAUAAUACAAGUAUGUUUGCCAAAAUUCUAGAUGCAAUUAAAGAAGCUGAUAAAAUAAUGGAGAAUAAGACAACUUCAGUGGGCCAGAUGGAGAACAACAAUUGUAACGAACUAAAUAAAAGCAAAAUCAUUGUUAAAAAGAAACCGAAGCAACUAAAUCCAUUUCAUCUGAAAGUGGGUCAUGAAGUGUUAAGGCAGAGGAAAAACUGGUGGAAGGACGGUCGCUUCCGGUCUGAAUGGGUCGGCCCAUGUGUCAUAGACUACAUUACGGAGAACGGGGGCGCCGUUCUGCGAGACAGCUCUGGGGCUAGACUUAAACGACCUAUCAAGAUGUCCCACCUGAAGCCCUAUGUCAGAGAAUCGGGUGAACGAGAUAGUCUCCAUCUCUUACACGGUUCAGUAGUGGCGGAUCAUGACUAUGUUGGAAUGCCCGAGCUGCCGGUUGGAGCAUACCAAGCAAGUAUUCUGCUGGAAGGUGCGGCCAUUGGCGUGGACGACAGUGACUUACUGACGUCAAGCAAGGACCGUGAGCUGCUAGAAUACAGAAAUGCCAGAACCUCUCCACUGAUGGAAGAGCAUAAUGCUCUUGAAAAGCAGACUUUUAGUCUCUUGGACUCUUCAAACCAAGUCCUUGAGUACUUAACUUAAUAAACACAAAAAUUCAUUUAAAGUGCUAUUUAGAGAAUACAUCACCUUGAAUCUUAUCUUUUCCAUUCAAAAAGAUUACAUAGAAAACGUAUCUUGACAAACUCUUAAUGACUAAAUCCUGAAGGUUUAUUUUGUAAUUAUUUAUCUGAAGUUGUUCUUCUUUUGUAUAUAUAUAUGGAUAUAUAUAUUUAGGCAAAGGAAGCAUGUAAUAUAUGGAUAUUAUCUUUUCUUCUACAAACACAACAGGCAAAGCAUGCUUGCUUCUUAGGAAGUAAACUAAAUUCCAACUCAAAACUUUGGUAUUGUUACCAUGUUUUCAGUUUCAAUUUUUUUUAAAUAUUCCCCCCUUUUAAAAACUGUUUGAACUACCUAGAACUGCAUUAAUAAAUAUUUAUUGAAUGUGUUAAA